ACCAAACGGAAUCGCGCCUCCCAUCCUCUGCUUUCCCCAAAGGCCAGCUCCACCACGGCGCCACCGCUCCUAUAAACCGCCGCCUCCCUCUCGGCGCGCUUCCCCCCCGGGAGAUCCUGAGGCGGCGAUGCCGGGGCGGCGGGCGAUCGAGGUCCGGCUGCAGCCCGUCGACGCCGCGGCGCCCAAGUGGCGCAUGUCGCUGCUGGAGAACACGUUCGCCGGGUUCCUGCAGGGCGCCGGCGCCGACUCCGCGGCGAGGGCCGUCUUCGCGGAGGGCUCCCUGUUCAGCCCCUUCCUGUUCGGCAAGUUCUUCGACCCCGCCGACGCGUUCCCGCUGUGGGAGUUCGAGCCCGAGGUGCUGCUCGCCGCGCUCCGGCGCGGCGCCGCCAGGACCACCGUCGACUGGGGCGAGACCGACGCCGAGUACUACCUCAGGGCUGACGUACCAGGUGGCAGGAAAUGCGACGUGGAGGUGAGCGGGGACGCGAUGAAGGUGAUCGACAUCAGCGGGCUGUGGCGGGCGCCGCCGGCGGACGGCCGGGACUGGCGCGCCGGCCGGUGGUGGGAGCACGGCUUCGCGCGGCGCGUGGAGCUGCCGGAGGACGCGGAGUGGAGGAAAGUGGAGGCCUACUUCGACGACGGCGAGGGGUCCCUGGAGAUAAAGGUUCCCAAGGCCGGUGAUGCCCACCAGGCCACCACCGCCUGAGGCUGAGUGAGAAUCCGAACCUCGCCGCCCCCCAUUGGAGGAGAGCAUUAUUCUUCGAACAGUAGGCUGAAAUGGAAAACGACGGCACAAUCCUGAUAAAAAAAAUUUGCAAGAUAUGGAGGCAGAAAAAGGAGCAAACUAAGAUCAUUCCAUGUUGCAGCAUAGUAUGCGUUAAUCCAUGUCCCUGAAACGAUGUAUGUACUAUGUUCUUCGUUCCAGUGCCAACUCUGGAAUUGACUAGCUAAUUUGCAGUGUCACUGUCGCUUUGGUCAUCGUUCCGGGAUAGGUGAAUAUAAAUUCAAAGGUCGCGGCUUUCCGGAAGGCGGAUGCGGAUUCUCCCGUUUCUUUCGGCAUGAAGGCUCUCUAUCACCCCCGGGUCCCUUUAUCCUCCACAAUCAGGCAUUUGACCAUCAGAAUUCAGAGCUCUGACGGAAGGCCGGCGCUUUCGUUUCGUCAGGAUAUUCUUCAGAGAAAUGAUUGGCCAGAUGAUUGAUCAAGAUCUGCUGUAAAAUAAACAUCUUUCAGUGUGCACCAAGUUGUUUAACAGAUCUAACGGACAUUCGUUUCUUCUCC